AUGAGGCCAAUAAAGACCGAUGUCCAAGACCUUGCGUGCGUAAUAUUCGAUUUCCAGCUUUUAGUUCCUUUUGUGUCUUACAGUAAUAGUCCAUGUAUCUUAUUAUGUGAUUUAAGAAUUCAAAAGGGAAAAAUUGAGUAUGGGAAUUCAAAUUACAUACCGAAUAAGAUAUAUUGCAGAUGUAAUAACAGAAAUCUUUAUCAUGCAAGCUUGCUGAACACUGUUUAUGAUUCUGAUUCUGGAUUUCUGUUGUUAAAUUUUAAGAUAGAACAGCUCAAUUCUUUUCUUUUUAUGGAAUCAAACACACCUUCUGAUAUUUCAUCAGCUCCAAACUCGCAACAAGAGAAUGAUGGUUUGGUAAAUGACAGAAACACCCAUUCUACAAACAAUGAAGAAAAUGCAGAUGAAGGGAGUUCCCAUUUUCAAAAGAAGAAAAGACCAAAGACUUCUCCAGUAUGGGCAGAUUUUACUGAAGUUAAGAUGCCUGAUGGGACUAUGAAAGCACAGUGUAGAUUUUGUAAAGGUCGACUCGCCAUAAUAUCAAGCUCGAGUACUAGUCAUUUGAAACGACACUUGAAGACAUGUGGCCCAAAAGCAGCUCAUGACUUGAAACAACAAAAGAUCACUUUGCAAGCAGCUGAUUCAGGAUGCAAUCAAGAAAAACAUGUCACUCCCGCCCUUACUGAUGGAAAGUUUGAUAUGAUGAAAAUGAGAGAGUCUGUUGCGCAUUGGAUACUUAUGCACGAGCAUCCUUUCACAAUUGUUGAAGAAGAAGGAUUUAACAUGAUGCAAAAGCGUGGAAUGCUUGAAUGGGAAAAUGUCUCACGUGUUUCCAUUAAAAAAGACUGUGAAAAAGUUUUUGAGAUAGAAAAGAACAAGCUGAAGAAUUUAUUAAAGUCUAUUUCAAAGAUUAGUGUGACCACGGAUAUGUGGAAGUCUACCAAUCAGAAAAUCGAGUAUAUGGUUCUUACAGGCCAUUUUGUUGAUUCUAAUUGGCAAUUACAAAAACGUGUUCUUAGCUUUAUUCACUUACCUCCUCCUCAUCGCGGGCUUGAGAUUGCUGACAAUCUUUACAAGUGUUUUAAGGAUUGGGGUAUAGAGAAUAAGGUGUUCACUAUUUCCGUUGACAAUGCCUCAAAUAACGAUUCGGCUGUUAGGAUCCUAAGUGAAACUUUUUCAAGGGUUAAAAAGUUGCCUUGUGGAGGAAAGUUGUUUCAUGUACGUUGUUGUGCACACAUCUUGAAUCUUAUGGUUCAAGAUGGACUUUCUAGAAUUAGCUAUAUUAUUGAGGAUAUUCACGAAACUGUCACGUUUAUCAAUCAAAAUGAAGGGAGACUUAAUUUGUUUUCUGAGAUUGUGCAACAGUUGCAAUUGCCACAUAGAAAACUUAUUCUUGAAUGCAAGACAAGAUGGAAUUCAACAUAUCAAAUGUUGUCGGCUGCAAUCAAAUUUAAAGAGGUGUUUCCAAUGUACAAAGAAAGAGAGCCACGCUAUCUUUGUUGUCCUAGCAAUGAUGAUUGGUUGAAGGUGGAAAAGGUAUGUGAAAUCUUAGAAGUCUUUGACUCUGCGACUAAUAUCAUCUCUGGGAGUGAGUAUCCGACUUCAAACUUAUUUCUUAAUGAAAUUUUUAGAGUGAAAGUUUUGUUGGAUAAGAAGUUUGAAGAUUCUAACGAAGAUGAGUUUGUUCAUGACAUGGUUAAGUGCAUGAAACUAAAAUUUGAUAAAUAUUGGGGAGAUUGCAACUUAAUGAUGUCUAUUGGUGCUAUUUUAGAUCCUAGGUGCAAAAUGAGGGUUAUUGAGUUUUGCUUUCCUAGGAUGUAUCCUGGAAAUGAAGCUUGUGAAAAUAUAGACAAAGUGAAAAAAGCUUUAUAUAAAUUGUAUAAAGAAUAUGCAGAUGAGUAUUACUCUAGUAGUGGUGAAGGAAAUGGCGAAAGUGAUGGUUUAAGAGGAAACAAUGUGACUAUUCAAGCUUCAUCUUCUGGUUGGUCUGAGUUCGCUCAAUUUGUAAGAACAGUUGAAAAUAUACAACCACAAAAAUCCGAUUUAGAUAAUUAUCUUGAAGAGAGUUGUUACAUUUGUGAAGAGGAUCCAAUACCAUUUGAUGUUUUACAAUGGUGGCGGUCAAAUUCGUUAAAGUAUCGUAUAUUGUCACGCAUGGCUCGAGAUAUACUUGCAAUUCCUAUCACCACUGUUGCAUCGGAAGCUACUUUUAGUGCGGGUAGUAGAGUUAUUGACACAUAUAGAGCAUCCUUGGCUACUGAAACGGUAGAAGUCUUACUUUGUGGUGGAGAUUGGUGUCGAAGCCUCUAUGGUUUAAAAAGAAAGAAAAAGGCAUGAUUAUUUGUUUUUCAUCACCUUUAAUGUGUUUUUAUAAUUUCAAUUAUAUUUAUUAUUCUUGUGUUUAUACAUUUCAGAAAGAGAAGCAACAAAUGGAGAUCAAUCUUCUCAUUCCAUAAUAAGUAAGUUUAUUUAAAAUGUUGAAAACAAAUUUUUUUUUUUUUGCUGUUUUUUUUCUUUUUUGCAGCUUUUUGUAGUUUUUUUUACUAUUUUUAUGGUUUUUGGUAGUUUUUUAUUGUUUCUUUUGCAGUUUUUUUUGUUGUUUUUACUGAUUUUUAUGCUGUUUUUAGGUUAAAUAGUUGUUAAAUAAUUGUUGUUUGCUGUUAAAUAUUUUUUUUGCUGUUUUUUUCUUCUUUUUUUUUGCAGCUUUUUGUGGUUUUUUUUUUCUGUUUUUUCUGGUUUUGGCAGUUUUUUUGUUGUGUAUUUUGCAUUUAUUUUGUUGUUUUUUAUUGAUUCUUGUGUUGUUUUUAGGUUACAUAGCUGUUAAAUAAUUGUUGUUUGUUGUUAUUUCAUCAGGUAGAAGCUGAAGAAGCUGUUUUGAUGCUGAGUUGGUAUAUUUCUGAAGUAUUAAAAGCUGUUUUGCAUUGAAAAAUGUUUAUUUUUUGUAUUUUGAAAGUAUGCAAAAACGUGGUUGAUGCUAUUUUGCAUUAAAGAUUGUUUAUUUUUGGUAUUUUGAAAAUAUGUAAAACUUAUGACAUAUAUGGACUAUGGGUGAUGUUUUAUUGAUAUUAGACGUUUAAUUGUGAUUUUUUUGGUAGUUUGGACAUUAGAAUAUGGAAUGUUUUAAUAGUUAUUACUUAAUUUAGUGAUUUUAAAAUAUAUAUACAUAUAUUAGUCGAGCCGAGCCGAGCCGAGCUCGAGACUGUCGAGUAUUUCACGAGCCCGAGCUCGAGUUUAAAAUCAAGGCUCGA